AUGUCAUAUGACGACAAGUACAGACACUUCUCCAUGGCAAAGAUGAGACAAGUUUUAAAUAUUUACAAUAGCCGUAAACAAAAAGGUUUGGGAAACCACUCCCCCGAAGAAAUGAAAAACAACCCUGACUUAGAGAAAGACUAUAUAUUUAACAAUUUAGUCAAAAGAGACAAACAAGAAAGAAUGCCAGGCUUCAAACUUAAGAAAGGUGACAAAGUAAAAAUAGAAAUACCUAAACGCGACCCAUAUGAAAAUACUAUUGACUAUGACAACAAUGGGAACUCGACAGGUACUCGCAUUCGUGUUCGUAAAAAUAGAAGAAAGUAUACAAGAGAAUAUUAUGAAGUUUUAGGCAAACAUGGCAAAAUGUACACACUGCAAGCAGAAGAUAAAACUACUAUUGUCAGACCUCGUUUCAAACUUGUCAAAGUUCAAGGUGGUAUACUUUCAAAGACAGUUCCUAACAAAUAUAAGACAACUCCAGACGAAUAUGCUAAAGAAGUUGAAAAUGACGACUAA